AUGCAGCCUCCCACUCUCGUAUCGUCCCUCUCCCUCCUGGGAGCCGCCUUGGCGGUGUCGGACCAUGUCCAGCCUUUGGAAGAUAGGGCUGUGGCCAACGCGACGGUUGUUCUUAAGACAGCAACUGUCGUCGGAAACGUCAUGAACAAUGUCGAAUCUUUCGGCGGCAUUCCCUACGCCAAGCCACCUACCGGGCAACUGCGAUUGAAGCCUCCCGUGCGCCUCACAGACAACAUUGGAACCUUUGACGCCACCGGCCCGGCGGCUGCUUGCCCGCAGAUGGUCUCAUCCUCCGACAGCGACAACAUUCUGUUCAACUUACUGGGAGACAUUGCGAACCUUCCCUUUGUCCAAAAGGCGACUGGACAGACCGAGGACUGCCUUACCAUCACGGUGGCCCGUCCCCAGGGCACUACGGCAGAUGCGAAGCUGCCGGUGCUCUACUGGAUCUUUGGAGGUGGAUUCGAGCUCGGAUGGUCCUCCAUGUACGACGGAACUGGCCUCGUCCAGCAUGGUGUCGACAUUAGCAAGCCCUUCGUUUUCGUCGCUGUCAACUACCGUGUUGCUGGCUUUGGUUUCAUGCCUGGCAAAGAGAUCCUAGCCGACGGCUCGGCAAACCUCGGUCUCCUCGACCAGAGAAUGGGCCUCGAGUGGGUUGCAGACAACAUCGCAGCUUUCGGUGGUGAUCCGGACAAGGUCACCAUCUGGGGCGAGUCUGCGGGUGCAAUCUCCGUCUUCGACCAAAUGGCUCUCUACAACGGAAACAACAAGUACAACGGCAAGGCGCUUUUCCGCGGUGCCAUCAUGAACUCCGGCAGUAUCGUCCCUACUGACCCCAUAGAUUGCCCCAAGGGACAGGCUGUGUACGACAAAGUUGUCUCGCAGGCAGGAUGCGCUGGCAAGGCCGACACGCUCGCCUGCCUGCGCGGGGUCGACUACACUACGUUCCUCAACGCCGUCACGUCUGUCCCUGGAAUUCUCUCCUACAACUCUCUCGCCCUGUCCUACUUGCCCCGUCCGGAUGGCAAGACUCUCACCGCGAGCCCCGACGUGCUGGCCAAGAACGGCCAGUACGCAGCUGUGCCCAUGAUCAUUGGAGAUCAAGAGGAUGAAGGCACCCUCUUCGGCAUCUUCCAGCCCAACCUGACCACCACUGACAAGCUGGUCACCUACCUCAAGAACUACUACUUCGCAACAGCUACCACAGCCCAGAUCACUGCCUACGUCGCCACCUAUGAUGACGGCGUGACUGCCGUCAUCAACGGUAGCCCGCAUCGCACUGGUCUCUUGAACGAGAUCUUCCCUGGCUUCAAACGUCGAUCUGCCAUUCUCGGCGACCUGGUCUUCACGCUGACCCGCCGCGUCUUCCUCAACCUUGCUACCUCCGUGCAGCCCACUGUGCCCUCGUGGUCCUACCUCUCGUCGUACGACUACGGAACCCCGAUUCUGGGUACUUUCCACGGAUCCGACUUGCUGCAGGUCUUCUACGGCAUCAAGGAUAACUACGCUGCGCGAAGCAUCCGCACCUACUACACCAACUUUGUCUAUGCCUCGGACCCCAACGUCGGCCUCAACGGAGCGUACCCGGCCUGGCCCCAGUGGUCGCAGGGCCAGAACUUGAUGCAGUUCUUCGCGGACAAGGCUAGCACCCUGAAAGACGACUUUAGAAAGACGAGCUCUGACUGGAUCUUGAACAACGCUGGAAGCCUAUACUUCUAG